ACAGUGUUUCUAAAAUGCCAGAUUCCAAUGAAACGCGUAAUGUGAAAGAAAGCGAAGUACUUAAUUCCGUUUGAAGACUUUGGAAGAUCGCCGUGCUCCUGUCUUACGGGCAGGUGUGGGGGGAAAGGGUGUGUUCUUUAAAUUAGGGGGGAAUACACGCCCUCUCCCAACAAAAUUCGGCUUCCCCGUACUCGGCUCCGCAUUCAGGAGGAGAUCCCAGUUACACAGCCUAACCGGGAUUGCAGGUGUGUAAAUCGAGACCAGGACAGACGGACCUGCAACAUGGCUUCCAUCGCAGACUUCUAUGCUGGGAAGAACAUCCUGAUCACCGGGGCUACAGGUUUCAUGGGAAAGGUCCUGGUGGAAAAGCUGCUGCGUUCCUGCCCUGACAUCAAUGCCCUUUACAUCCUGGUUAGGCCCAAGGCCAACCAGUCACCUAAAGAUCGUAUUGAUAACAUGCUGAAAUCCAAGCUCUUUUCCAAGCUGAAGGAGGUCAGUACUGACUUCCAGCAGAAGUUCGUACCAAUCAGCAGUGAUCUUAUGCAGCCCGGACUUGGGCUCAGUACUGAAGAUGAGGACAUGCUCAAAGCUCACAUCCACGUCAUCUUCCACUGCGCUGCUACCAUCCGUUUCGAUGAACCCCUUAAACGUGCCCUGCGGCUAAACGUGGCAGCCACACAGGAGCUCCUAGGCCUAGCCGAGCACAUGCCCAAGCUGGAGGCCUUUAUCCACAUCUCCACUGCCUAUGCCCACUGUAACCACAAGCACAUUGAAGAUGUCGUCUAUCCCUCACCUGUGGAACCCAACAUACUCCUCUCCUCUCUAGAGUGGAUGGAUGACAGCAUUGUAGAUGACAUCACACUGCGUCUUCUUGCGGACUGGCCGAACACCUACACUUUUACCAAAGCUCUAGCUGAGUCCAUAGUCAACCAGCAUGGUGAAAAGUUCAAUACUGCCAUAGUCCGGCCAUCCAUCAUAGUGGCCAGCUGGCGGGAGCCGUUCCCUGGCUGGAUUGACAACCUAAAUGGCCCAAGUGGAGUCCUAGUGGCAGCAGGAAAGGGUGUCAUGCGCACUAUGAUGGCCGACAACAACGCUGUGGCUGAUAUCAUCCCCGUUGACGUGGUCAUCAACCUUAUGCUGGCUGCCGGGUGGUAUACUGCUGUGCAGAGACCACAGUCAACACUAGUCUACAAUUGCACAACAGGUGGUGUCAACCCCAUCCUCUGGGGAGACAUAGAACGCAGCGUAAUGUCGACGUUUAAGCAGAUACCACUGGACAAAGCUUUUCGGAGGCCAAAUGCAAACUUCACCUCUAGUUACCUGAGCAAUCGGUUUUGGAAUCUAUUCACCCACAAGGUCCCUGCACUGGCCUAUGACACCUACCUACGUCUAUCUGGAAACGAGCCAAUGAUGAUGAAACUCUACAAGAAGCUGCAUAAGGCAGCUGGGCUGCUGGAGUACUUUUCUGUCAGGCAGUGGAGUUGGAGUUCCAAGAACUUGGACAUGCUGAAGGGCCAGCUCAGUGCUGAGGACCAGCAGAACUUUAAUUUUGAUGUUGGCCAUUUGAACUGGCUAGAGUACAUGGAGAAAUACUGCAUAGGUGCCAAGAAGUACAUCCUGAAUGAGGACAUGGCAGAUAUUCCAGCAGCUAAACAACACCUGAAGAAGCUGAGGAACAUCUGCUACACCUGUAACACUCUCCUGCUGGUUUUCGUCUGGCAUAUCUUCAUUGCUCAGUCCCAGGUGGCAAAUGACUUGUGGUCCUAUAUGGUGAGCACACUCCUCAAGCCCUUGUCCUACUUCCAGGAGUCUGCUGGUGUUCUGACCCACUAAGAGUCCACAGCAUGCCCCCUGUCAUUCUAGAAUUUGACAGCCCACCUUUCAUAAAUUCCAAGAUUUAUCACCCAGUUGGCUCUGUUCAAGAUGACGACGGAUGAAGGUUUUAUGUCAGAAGAUGCUUGCAGUGUAGAGAAAGGAUACAGACUGAGUUAGGUGGGCUGUUUUGGGAAGAGAAGAAAGGCUCUUUCCUCUCCCUUUCCCUCAUGCUUGACUGGUGAAUCUCCAGUGGCCCAUAUUAGCCACCACCUUCAAGUGUGACAGACAUCAGUGGUGUUCCAGUCACCAGCUGUGCCACACCUCCAGUGUGAUAGGACAACAACUGCCUUCACCAAAGCUGUAUAUGAGGAGCAUUUCUACUGCUUUGAGGUGAUUAUGCCCAGUGUGGGGCGAGUUGGAAAAACCUCAACUGUGCUAUUAAACUGGGAGCAGAAUAACUGAAUAAAAGAAUUGAAUGGAAAAUUAAUCCAAGGUCAAAGUGCAAGUAUGUGUUCCACAAACACAUUCACCCUUCAUGAAAGAAUGAUACAUGUCCUGUGUUGACCUGACGUCUGUCUGCUUAGUGAGUAGCUUUUCUAGGCCUUGCUGGACUGUAGGGCUUCAUAACGACUCAUCCACUGCAGCUCAGUUCCAAUGUGCACAGUUCACUUUUCUUUUUUUAAUUAUCCCAGUAUAUUCAGGGACUGACUUAUAGGUGCUGCUAUCUCUUAUGGAGUACUCUACUGCCACUCUUGCAUGUUGACACACACAGGUCAUUAAUAAUGAAGGCCAGUCGCCUCAUUGGUGCCCAGAGUCUAUACUCUGGAAUGAUAUUUAGGAGAUUCCUCCACUAAAACAAGGUUGCUGUCAGUUUAAGGUCACAGGAAGUGGGGCAUGCUAAGAAUGAGUGCUCCAUACGGAGACCCAACUCAACAAAUUUUCUGUUUAACCACACUGGAAUUGGAUUCUACUUACCAGUGCUUGGAAAGUGAAUGUGCGGGUGAGCGGCACGCCUCGCACCUGGGAUGUGGCUGUACUGUGCUUCCCAGCCAAUCAGCUGUCUGACAGCAGGGGUUAGCUGUGACCUGCCUCAGUCUGUAACUGCCUCACAUGAAGUAUCAAGUGUAGGUCCUGAAUUAGCGAUUUUUAGGGUUUUGAAGUCUCAAAAAUGGAAAAAAACUAAAGGAACUUGGAGAAUGAUAGGUUUGAUCUAUGUGAAAUGUUAGUGAAUUAUGGUUGAUUAGCAGUUUUGUUUUUUUUACAUUUUUGUACAGCAAAACAUGCUAACAGGAAUGUAUUUAUUAAUGUUUUGUCUGCCUUUUAAGUAUUAAUUGAAUCCUUGUCAUGAUUACUUCUAGGUAUCAAGUUCCUUUGCCUAGUGCAACAGAGUAAUUCAACUUUUCCAAAAUGAAGGUCUGCAAUGCAAAAUAAGCUCAGGGUGUUUGUUUGGAAAAGUGAUUCUGAAGAGUGAUGGCUGUAAUCUGAAAAAUGGAUAUACAGUUGACUACUUGCCUACAUUAUGCAGUGAAAUAUUGCAUAGACAAAUCUCAUCUUACCUGAAAAUGGAACUAUUGUAACACUCCACUUGAGCUGAGUGAAUGACGCCACCCUUAUGGCUGAGUAGCAUGUUCAAUUGAAGUUGCUUUUACGAUCGACAUUCUAUGUAACCUUACAUGUCAUUUUGUAAUUGUCUGUUUACAUGGACAUUUUGUAUAAAAUGAUUGAAUAUGA